CUCUCCUCUAUAGCCAAUGUCAGACUAUGCCCACCCCGUCGACGGUCAAUUCUCCGACGCAGAACUAGAACACGAUGUUCUCCUCCAGUCCUCAGCUCGAGUAGCAGGGGAAGCAUACGUCGACCAGCAGCCGGAGGACCUAGAAUGGUCCGACGACUACCUGGAAGAGGAGGAGGACGAAGUGUGGGAGGAAGGAGAGUACGGGGAUGGGGGGAUGGACGCGGUCAAUGACGAAGAUUGGGAGGCGGCGCAGAGAGACUUUACGAAACAAUACAACCGGCUGCGACAGCAUGUAGCCGUCCGAACCGGUCAUGCACAAGGUCAACAAUCUUCUACUCAGCAAUCAUCUGUCGCUCCCCUCCCAGCUGUCAACCUCCCCCGCCUUGCGAACAAGUCCACCGCACCCGCCACCGCCUCCGCCUCCCAGUCCACGUCCCGCAUAUCAGCACAAGACCAACUAGCGCUGCUCACUGCCAAGUACGCAUCACGCCUCUCACUCCUCGAGUUGCCCUACAGCACCGGUAUGGGAUCCAGCGUGAACCGGAAGGGCGCAGCUGAUCGGGCGAACCUGAAGGACAAAGCGGACCGGGCGACGAGUGAGCAGGUCCUGGAUCCCAGGACGAGGCUCAUCUUGUUUAAGAUGAUUGGUCGGGGGCUGGUGGGGGAAGUUAACGGGUGUAUCAGCACGGGCAAGGAGGCCAACGUCUACCACGCGCUAACCCCCUCGCACCCGCCCACCCACCUCGCACUAAAGAUCUACAAAACCUCUAUCCUAGUAUUCAAAGACCGGGACCGAUACGUCACAGGCGAGCACCGAUUCCGGCACGGGUACAGCCGACGCAACCCGAGGAAGAUGGUCCGUCUCUGGGCGGAGAAGGAGACGCGGAACCUGAAGCGGUUGUGGACCGCCGGUGUGAGGUGUCCGGAGCCGAUAGAGGUGAGGGAGAACGUGCUCGUCCUCGGGUUCUUGGGGCAGGAAGGGUGGGCGAGCCCGAGAUUGAAGGACGCGAGUUUGCCGGAGGGGAGCGUGCAGGAGUUGUAUGAGGAACUGGUGGUUGCUAUGCGGAGGAUGUACCAGACUUGUAGGCUCGUACACGCCGAUCUGAGCGAGUAUAACAUCCUGUAUCAUAACUCCCACCUGUACAUAAUCGACGUCUCCCAAUCGGUGGAACACGACCACCCGCACGCGUUCGAUUUCCUCAGACAGGAUAUCAAGAAUGUCGAAGAGUAUUUUGCGAGGCUGGGGGGGAGGACGCUAGGAUUGAGGAGGACGUUCGAGUUUGUGACCCGGGAUUGGGUGGGGUCUCUUGCUAGGGAGGGGGAGGGGGUUGGGGAGGAAGCGGAGGGGGAGGAGAGACUGGGGCAGGUGAUGCGGGAGUGGGUUGAGCGACCGCUGGAGGUGGACGGGCAAGGGAACGUUAUCCCUGCUAAUGGAGCGCUCCCACCCGCUCUGCCAGCGCAUAACGACGACGCUAUCUUCCUGCGGUCCUAUAUCCCGCGCACGCUGAACGAAGUCUAUGACGCGGAACGGGAUGUGGACCGGCUCCAGCGAGGAGAGGGGAGGGAGUUGAUCUAUGGGGAGAUUACGGGUGUUGUGAGUGUUAAUGAAGGACGGAAGGGGCGGGAUGGGAGUGGGGAUGGGGAUGGGUCUCCCGGAGCUGAAGAAGGGGAUGAGAGCGAGAGUGGGAGUGGGAGUGAGGAGGAGGAUGAGGGUGAGGAGGGGUUCAAGGAGAAAGGCCCGCGUGGGAAGCGGCAUGAGGAUCGCGAGGCCAAAAAAGUACUUAGCCCAAUCCCGUUAUUGACCUAG